CCUAAAAUCAUUGAUUGGAAUCAAUGGCCGCAGUUUCUCUCCAGCACAAAAAUACUAAGAACAACAUGGCAAACUACAGAUUGAUUUCCAUGGUAUGUCUUACGUUUGUCUAAAGAUGGACGAACUCAAACGAAGCGUCAAGUCACGUAGCAAGUAUGGCAACUGAUCGGUGAGCUUGUAUCCAGGGACGGGUAGGUGGUUUGGCUCGAGGCGGUAGACUAGAAUCAGAAUUUUGUUACGAAUUAUUCAUAAACCUGCCCAUCGACGAUGAUGAGCACCCCGUUGGAAACAUCGUCUGCCCCGCUCGCAGACGUGGAGUGCAUCCACGGUGAUCACUCGGGGUACGACGACGGGCCUACGAUGACUCGGCCUUAUGCGUACCGUGGAGAUGCCACUCUACCCAGGUCGUUUAAGGCUGGGGAGAGGGUUCACACGAACAGUAGGCGAGGUUAUGAUUACGAGGAGGAUUUCUGGCCCAAGCAGACGUCUAGCCUACCGAGGAAAGUGGCAAAUGGGGUGAACAGAACUCAGAAUGUUCGUGGGAGUUUUAUUGCUGGAGGGUUGCAUGCGACUGGGCAGCAGCAGCAGCAGUCGCCUGGUCGUUACCGUGAGGAUCAUGUCAUCCAUGGGAACAUCAAUGAAAUCCCAGACAGGCAGAUGUUAAAUGAUAAUGUAAGGUCGCCAUCAUCACCGAGCUUAAAUACGUCUGGCAUGUCCUCUCCGAAGCAAUCUAGCUUAGGAAGUCACGGCAGUAUCUCCACAAAUAACUCCCUGAGUCCGACUCACAAAAAGAAAGCGCACAAACCGUCAUUCCGCGCAUUCGGCAGUCUCAUACAGAAGAUGAUGCGACAGAUUCGUAACAUGGACGAGUCAAAAAGCCCCCCUGGGCAUGAAAGGACAACGACGAGAAACAAUCAAGCGAGCGAUGCCGUUGAGAAUUUAAACCACAAUCAAGGGGUUCAAUUAUCCCCGUUGAUGACUUCAAAUCCCGUCAAACUAAACGGCAAAGUUCCCGGUCUGUCUGGACUGCGAAACCAUGGAAACACAUGUUUCAUGAAUGCCAUCGUCCAAUGUCUGAGCAACACCGAUAUGUUAGCGGAAUACUUUGUCCUCGAGCAAUACCAACACGACCUACGGCGGAGUAAGAAAAACAAUAAAAAGUUCGGGACGAGGGGAGAAGUCACCGAGCAGUUAGCGUUACUCAUGAAAUCGGUCUGGUCGUGUCAGUAUUUGCCGCAGCACACCACGGAAUUCAAACGGAUUGUGUCAAAGUACAGCGGUCAGUUCCGCGGGAAUGAUCAGCACGAUGCGCAAGAGUUUCUCAUUUGGCUUUUGGAUAAAGUACAUGAAGACCUCAACUGUGCUCCAAAGAAGAAAUACAAACAAGUGAAGAAUCGUCACAACAAGAACGAUGAGCUGUUAGCGGCAGAGAUGUUGGCAAAUCACAUGCGUCGAAACAACAGCUUCAUCCAUGAUCUGUUCCAGGCGCAGUUCCGGUCGUCGCUGACCUGCCCCCACUGUGGUCGUCAGAGUAAUACCUUUGACCCCUUCGUGUGUGUGUCCUUGCCCAUCCCGCAGCGCAUGACAAGGGUCAUGGCCGUCGCUGUCGUCUACAUGGAUCGAGAGCCACGAGUGGUCAGGGUUGGUGUUGUCAUGGACAUCAAUGCAUCAGUUGCCGAUUUGAGGUCGGAAGUGUCUAGGCAGUGCAGUAUGGCUGUAACGAGGAUUGUCCUGACAGAGGUGUAUUUUGAUGGAUUCUACCGCUCCUACCACGACAGUCUCCCCCUGUCUGAGAUCCGUGAGAGCGAUAGCAUCUAUGCCAUCGAGACUCCGCACAGCUCCCAGGCUCUGGCCAGCACCACGCAGAUGCAGGACUUCCUUCAUGUCCACUGCAACCGACCUGUCCGAGAGGUCGUUACCAUGGUGAUCAUCAACCAACAGGGAUUGGGGAAGACUGGCAGAAGGUUUGGCCAUCCAAUAGCAAUCGAGGUCGAUCGAAGUAUAACCAAUCAGCAGCUGAGAAUCGUCAUCCUGAAAGCCAUGGGAUGUAGCCAUGUGGACCAAGUUCUUUCAAAGGGUCCGUUGCUAAGGGUUGGGAUCGUGACUGACUCCAAGGGUAGCCGUCAUUUCCUCAUGCAAGACGAGAUGAGACCUUUGUACAACUCAACAAUCACAAAGUUGUUACAGUCCACAGCUGAUGAAGGAGGUCCAUCCCACAUCAAAGCAGUCACAGAAUGGGAGCAAGACAUCAGAUUCACGUUUACUCAACGAGUUCUAAGCAUCUUUAUUGAAGAAGACGAGAGUGUUCAGAGACAUCGUUUAGCUCAUCAACAACCUGUCAAGGCCUCGCUGUCUGACUGUAUGGAUCUCUACACCCAGGAAGAAAGGCUUGGUUCAGACAACGCCUGGCAUUGCCCAUUCUGUAAGAAACUUCAGCAAGGCUCCAAGAGACUUAGCCUUUGGUCCCUCCCUGAUGUUCUCGUUAUACACCUCAAGAGAUUCAAACAGAUGAAUACCACUCGCACAAAGCUAGACACCCUGGUAGAUUUUCCAAUCCAAGGACUCAACAUGGCGCAGUACAUCGUACGCAGGCAACAGAACGCCCACGCCGCCUCGCUGAAUGCUCUGACUGGCUGGUCGCCUUGGCGGCACAUCCACAGACGCCGUGCCCAUCACGUGACGGAGCACGUGUAUGAUUUAUAUGCCGUGUGUAAUCACAUCGGUAGCAUGCAAGGGGGACACUACACAGCUUUCUGCCGCAAUCCAGCCGACAAUCAGUGGUAUAACUUCGACGAUGCCAAAGUCAUGCCAGUCACUGAGGAGGCAAUCAUCACUAAGGGAGCCUACAUCCUUUUUUACCAUCGACGGAAUCUCCCCACCAGCAGCGCCAGCUCCAGUAGCUCGACCUGCUCCUCGGGUUCGGACCACUGGAUCUAUAAGAUGCCGGGGUUUAAGCAGCUCAGCUCCAGCCAGGAGGAUGUGCUGUCGGAAGGAUCUAACGAUACGGGUCUGUCGGCGGGGAGAGUGGAAGUGGAGGGGAAGACUAGACUUAGAGGUCAGAGGUCGCAGAGUCUGGGGAGGAGAAAUGGGUCGCACGAUGAUCUUAGUGAUGAGGACUGUGGCGGGUUCACAUGCCAGCAGCGUCCGUUCGUCCGUGGGGUGUUUGCGUCGGCCACGCUACCCCGCUCCACCCAUCAAGGUAUCAGGUACAUCGACAGCGAUGCAGAAAGUGUAAUGACUGAGUCUUGUGUCUGAGAUGAGCGUGACUUCUGGGAAUGUUGCUUAGUAAUUCUUUGCUUAGCAGAAAUGUGCAGGAUACCAGUCAUAAAUUGUACAUGAGACAUGGGAGUGUGGC